AUGGCAGAAACCCCAACUGAGGCGGGAGAUGGCAGCGGGCCGGAGGACGACUAUGUUGAGCCUCUUGCGACAGGACGAGCGCGGCGGUCGACGGCUGGCCGUCUGAUGAACACGCUUCUCGACGCCGAAGCCGACGAUGAACUGGCCCGUAUAUUUGCGGAGGAAGAAGAUGACGAGGAGUUUGAGUCUGGGGAUGAUGAGGAAGAGGGCGGAGAAGCUGCAGCAGACGACAUGGAGAUCGAUUCUUCCUCUUCGGAUGAAGGGGACGAAGGCGGCGCAGGUGCUGGCAACGACGAGCUUGAAGGAGAAAAAGAGCUACAGAGACAGGAGAAGGCAGAGCGGGCAAAGAAACGGACAGCGCAGCAGGAAGGGUUUCGGAUGCCCUCCCAGCGCAAGAAAAAGGUCAAGAUAGAUCCGACAUUGCCCACACGAACAUCGACACUUCCAGCUCCACGCCAGAGAAAGAAAUCAGAGCGUAUCUCAUGGCUUCCUACAGCAGAUGAUGGGCCUACGCGUGCGUCUUCUCGUCGCCAGACUAUGCAGAACAGAGUUCAAACCCACGCGCGGCUCAAACGCAGCGAGCAGAAACGAGUUCAGCUGAUUGCUACGAUGGAGGAGACGGCCAAGCGCAAGGAGAAGGCCAGGCCAAAACAAAUGACGCAGGCGGAUCGUCUCGCUGAAGCCGAAAAGACUGAGAGGUUGAAUUUUGGCAGCCUGACACGGUGGGAGGAGAUGGAAGAGAAGCGAAGCGAAGAGCGGCGGUUGAAGAUGGAGGCACUGCACAAUCGACGACUGGAAGGACCUGUUAUCACAUUCUGGAGUGGAAUCGCUAAAUGGAUCAAUGAGAAGCUUGCAAUGGUGGGCGUCAAGCCUUUUCGACAGGCUGCUGAUGCUGAUAGCGGCCGCAAGAAGAAGGGUCGCCCCAGUGUUGAAACCAGCCGUGAGGGACAGCCUGCUGCGAAUGCUGCAAACAGGGCGACAGAAACGUCCAAUAAUGCCACAGACACAGCGCCUACACAACCUACCGAUGGGCAACAAGCUCCUGGGGAAUCCAGCCCGUUUCUAGAUGGCAUACAGUUAUACGCUUCCAUGCAGGAGGCUUCGGCAUGUCCUGACGCCGAAAUUGUCCAGACCACCACAUCCACUGCAUCCAAACCCGUCACAACUACUACGGAAACGAUUGCAUUGCCAAAUGAAGAGGCACACGAAAAUGAAGCGACAAAAUCAGACACGAGCCCCAAGGAGCGGGGGAAUGAGGACGAAAAUGGUCAAGGUCAAGCUCCAAACAAGCCUGCAGAAGCAACUGUACCCAUAUGUCCGGAACAAGAGCUGAACGUGGAGGAAAAGCCGGACAAGGUCAAACCGGCUCUUGAGCGCUCGUCCCGGACGUGCAUUGUUCUAGACAAUUUCGACGCCUCUACAGGUCCCGAGCGAAGCGAUGUUGGCGUCCUCUACAAUCCGAAAAAACCUGUCAAGCUACCCAAAACCCAAACCGAGUUUUGCCCCAUCACUUCCCAUCCCGCCCGCUACCGUGACCCAACAACUGGCCUCCCGUACUCAAACUCUCUAGCCUACCGUGAAAUCCGCCAAGCGCUGGCAUACAGGUAUGCAUGGAGUGGGACAUUUGGGUGCUUCGUUGGGCCGAUAGGAGUCGGCGCCAGAGGAGUGCCAGAGAGGUUUCUCGCGCCUAAUGCCGCUCCACCACAGCAGCUGUUCGAGCAUGGAGACGGCGAUAGCAAGCCAACGACGGCUUCUGGAGACAAGCCCGCCGCUCAGCGAUAA